AUGCACCGUGUGCUGAAGCCCGGCGGGUUGGCUGUGGUGGCAUUCUCGCACCGUGCUUUCAUUGAAAAGGCUGUGCAAGUUUGGGCGGCAGAGCCUGACGAUGGUGAAGGGCACGCGCACCUGGUCAGCCGUUACUUCCAGCAUGGGCCUAAAGACGGCUGGGAAAAGCUCGCGACCGUCGACAUUAGCCCACGCCAUGGCGAUCCAGUCUGGCUGGUGACCGCCGUCAAAUCUGUGUCAACAUAG